AUGGCAACCACGUCGAAACAGCGCAUUCACACUCUAUUCACCAACAAUCCACCUGACGACAGCAACAAAAUCGAACUCUUCUCCCCAGGCGAAACCCAACGGAGCGAAAUCACCGCGUUCAACACAAUCUCUCCAUCAAACGUCGUUCCUCUGCGAAAGCUCAAGCAAUGGCCUCGAGCAGUCGUAUGUCCCUCCUGUCGGGAGUUAUCCCUAACUCGAGUUGAGCAUAAGAUCUGCGGUGGAACACAUGCAAUGGCAGCAUUGAUGUUUGCUUGUACAGUCGUUGGCGGGGUUCUUGCGUAUACUGGGAAGCAGUGGAAGAAUGCUGAGCAUUACUGCUGUAGAUGUAAUCGCAGACUGGUCACUUGGCAUUUUGGCUCGGGGACGGAGAUUCAUGUUUGGUAA